AUGGAGGAGAACCCAGCGUUCACGGCGGAGCUCGACGUGUCCCGUGGUAGAUUGCUGGGGUUUAGUGCAUUGGUGCUCCUCCGGUACGCGCCGACAACCUCUGCAUCUCCGGCUACCAGAGCCCUGACGGGCGGUGGUCGCGCAGCUCUCCUUCACCGAGCGGCCGGGUUAGAGCCGGAGAGUGUCACCCUCGGCAAGAAGGAUCUCGAGGCCGCGGUGGGGCAGCUCGCAGCGGUUGGACGACGAUCCAACGCCGGCGCCGGCGGCAGUAGUCAGCAGGACACCGCGAGAUCGCUCAUGGUCGUCGCGGUGAUGGUGUGCGAGGCCAUCAGGUUCAGGAGUGUCGCCGGCGCACUCGCGCACAUCAUGUGCGGCGCCGCGCGGUUCGGCCCGCUGCCGGCGCACAUGGUCGCCCAGGUGAAGAACUGGAGCAGCCUGUCAGAGUACUGGCUCGGCGCCGCCCUCUACGGACAGAAGUUCCUGCCGCUCGUCGGGGCGGCCGACGGCAGCCAGCAGCGGUGCGACCACAUCCCCGCGGCACCUGCUUGCGCCUGUGAAGAUCGACUGCCAGGACGCCAUGAUGGCGCUCGGCGUCGCGCUGAACCGGCAGAGGCCGCUGCAAGACAGGCACAGGAAGGCGCUCGACGAGCACUGGCGCGCCGUGUGCGCCCAAGCACGCAGCAAAAGAAAGGAAAUAAAUUUACUUGA